AUGUCAAAACUGAUCAGUCAAAGAGCACAACGUUCCACGUCAAAUACAGAUUCACUCAGGGAUCCGAAAAGAAUGAACAGUCUGACACUCCACACUGCUAGUCACUACUGGUAUCCAGCAGAAUCUUCCACCUACCAUCAACAGUCGAGUUCUUCCCUACUAGACAAUCGGGUGAAGGUUGUCGUCUCCGUGGAACAGACACUAUACGAUGUGGCUGACCUGCUGGAACAACGCUUGGGGAUUUGUCUGUCCGGAUGCCAUUUUUAUCUCCAAGAUCGGAUCAAGCUCAGGGGAGAGUCUCCUCUUGUCGAACAUUGUGUGGAGAUUUCGGGAUUGGUGCAAUUGUUACUGGAAAUCAAGACCGCUCCUGGGGGUUAUCCGAUCCGGUUGAAUGUGGUGGAUAUACAGAUUCCAGAGCAGUUGGAUCCUAACAGCGGUGGUGACCGCACCAAUCAAUCGUAUCACGUUCCUGAUCACCAGCCUCCCCCAACCGUUCCUCGGUCUUCUGGCACCUCCCGGUCUGAUGAUCAACGUCCCAGUUCAUCCGCAGAAACACCAUCCACCAAUCCGCCGCCUGCAUCCAGUCCAGAACCCUUAUGUAUCCCACCGGCUACAGUGGCUGCCGCUAUCGCCACUGCGGCAGACAUUGCAGCCGGAGGGUCAGGGCUUUCCAGUAUAUCUUCCGCUGUCUCCGACAGUCCCGAGGUUGGUUUGAAUGGGGACGACGUAUCUGCGGAUCUUGAUAAACAACAACUUCGUCCUGAUCCUCAGUUGAACUCCGCCUCCUCCCUUGCAACAACUAGAGCUAAUUCCACGAUUCCUUCAUCCAUGUACGAUUACGAGUGUAUUCCGCGGUGGGUGGUGGACAGCCACUACCGUCGUCUCAUGGAGAUGAACGACGUGCCACGUGAUCCGGCAGAGUGGAAUGCAACGCAGGUAAUUAUGUGGAUCAACUGGGCUUUCAAAGAAUUUCGGAUAGAAGGCAUAAAGGGCGAGAAAGUGUUUGACAUGCCCGGAACCCAAAUGCUUGAAUUGACUGCCGCCGACUGGCGUCGUCUCGUGCCAAAUGUUUCAGUAAACUUCCUUACUCACUUGGAGUUGCUCAAACGAUGCAAGAAAAUAUGUGUCCCGUACCGUCCGCAACCACCUUCGACAUAUCCAGUUUCGCAGUCCUCUCAACGUGUCUACCGUCAGGCAAAUCGUUCACGAUUUCGAGUUGCACGUAAUCAACCCGACUCGGGAUCGGUCUUGGGCCGAUCUUACGGUGGCUCUGGUGUUCUCUUCGCUCCGGCUUUCCCAACCGUGAUGAGUGGGAAUUUCAACAUGUCCACCUUGAACGCCCGCCUACUCGGCUCCAAAGCGGUGUUCAUCGCCUCCGAAGCCGACGAAACCUAUGUCCCCGUCUCCAAUUCGAUCAUUUUCCCCUCGCGGACAGAUUCAAGUGCUGCUUCUGUUGCUAUCCCAGUCGGGUCAAACUAUCCUGGGGUUCUGUCAACUUCCGGACUUUCAAAUGUAUACUCGGAACAAUUGCUCAUGGCCAAUCAAGUUAACUUGGCGAAUCAAACCGCAGGUUUCGAACUUACGGGAAACGCGCAUGCUGCAGCAGCGGCCGCGGCGGCGGCGGCGGUAGCUGCCGGUCAGGUACAGUUAUGGCAGUUUCUGCUAGAGCUGCUCACAGAUUGGCGACAUCGGGAGGCCAUCCACUGGAUUAGCGAUGAUGGAGAAUUCAAGCUGAGCAACCCGGAGCGUGUGGCGGCCAUGUGGGGUCAGCGUAAAAAUAAGCCAGCAAUGAACUAUGAAAAGUUGUCACGGGCUCUACGCUAUUAUUACGAUGGUGACAUGAUAUCUAAGGUUCAAGGGAAGCGGUUCGUAUACAAAUUCAUCUGUGACCUGAAAACGCUUCUGGGAUUUUCUGCGGGCGAACUAUAUAUGUUGGUGAAAAACUGUGCAGAAAAGCAUGCAGCUAUCCGUAACCGUAAGCGGCGUACCUUGGGUACCACUGGCCACUCGUUCUCCACUUCCUCGUAUGCGCGCGCGAAAUUCGAAGGUCGUGUUGGUGGUGGCGGAGGCGGUCUGUGGAAUCGUUCUUCGUUGUUCUCGGAAGAAUUCAAGACUUCUAGUAGUGUGACUCCUGAAUUGAACCAUUCUUCCGGUUGUUUGCCUUCACCUACAGGUCAUUCUUCGAAAGACAUUCGAUCGUUUGAUUUACCCCCCUACCCAACCAGUAUGUCACAACAUUUCUCCCCUCGAUCGCCCAACGGUCAAGAAACGAAGCAUAAAUUACAACAACGAUUGCCGGGUUUUGAUAGCCUCCCUUUUUCUGAGUCCAAUGUACAGUCCCCUCAGCCUCUAAUGAGAUCCGUUUCGGGUGGAGCAUCCGUACGCUCCACCGUCCCCACCCCACCUGCUAUCGAUCUUGAUCGUCAUCGGUUGGCGCUUCUGGAAAACGGAACCGCAGAUGACCUCAUGGACCAAGGCGAAAACCAAUCAGAUGCAUCUUCCAACCCUUGGAAGCGGCGACGUCAGUGGUGGGUCAGAAAUCCUGUCUCUGCACAGGCCCUACAUUUCUCACCCCCAUUCAAUCAUGGAGUGAAUUCGGAUGAGUCAAGCUCGCGGUCGUGUGCUUUUGGGUUGUCAAAUGGCUCUUCCGGUUCGUCGCGUAACACCAGCGGCGGAAGCACCUUGUCCCGCGCCAACCCGCCUCUGUUGCUUCUGGAUGAGGACUGGAUAGCCGCAACAGCUUUGCGUGAUGAACUUUCCGGUGAUGCCCUACCUGUCACAUCCCAUCGGUUCAUAGGUCCGCUCACACCUAGCCCGUGUCGUUCGAGCAAUAGAGUCUCGUCAAUACCUGUCUCACCGCUACCUCAGUCUGCCACAUCUCUCCCUACAGCAGCCGGUUUUGACGACGGUGAGAUUGCCACCGCCGCCGCUUCACUCCUCAGCCAGCCUGCGCUGAACGACCAUCAUCCUCUUCUGACCGGCCCACGUGGCGGUUGUGACGAGGACCCGGAUGACUUACGAGCCGAUUCGGUCGUCACGUUUGAUUCCUUCCAAGCCACCGAUUUCCUCUCACCACCAACCACAAUGAAAAACCUCCCAGUUUUCCCUUUACGCUCAACACAGCGACCCCGACCGAGCUCCAUUGGGGUGGUUACUAAUGGAGAUCAUGCUCCGGGAAUCGAUAUCGAGGCGUUUUUGGCACAAUAGUUACUACUAUUCGCUGUGGUUGUAUAAAUGUUUUUUUUUCGAAAUUAUUCUUCCCUCCCCCCUGACUCAGGUCCCCACCUCCAACGUGCACAGACCUCUUUCUGUAAUCGUGCCAUCUUGUACAGACUGCUAGCUACCCUUCCCUGAAGUUGUCCUAAUUGACCCAUCCCGUAUUGUCCGCCCGAGCUUGCAUGUAUGUAUGUAUGCACAGUGUCAUCACACUUUUAAAUCACUGCUAUCAAUCAUGUUCAUUUUGUUACUUACGGGUUCAUUUUUCCAGCCUUCUGUGAAUUUUCAUCCGAGAUACUGACCAGCGCCCGUUUCCCUUCCCCUCUUCGGUCCACACAGAGAGAAUCAAUAUCCAUCCGGUUUCUUUGUCGUCCCCAUUUUGUUGUUCUCGCCAUCAUCAACAUUCCAAGUGAACCAAUUUGGUGUAUUCCUACGGAUGCUGAGUCUGCCAUUACACACAGACUCUUAACCUGACUGUCUAUUCACUUGUAUGUUCCGGAGCUUUGAAUACUAGCAUUGCAUUCGCUCAUUCUUGUUCAGAUUGCCCCAUCUUCGUUAUUUGCCCCCUCCCCUCUUGCGGUUCUUUUUAACCACGCUUUGCCCCUUUGCUUCGUGUGAAUUAGUUGGUCAAACUCCCGUAGAGUCUGUGCAUUUGAGUGAACUGACACAGGUUGGGGCAGCUUUCUCAUCGUGCGCUAUUCCCUCAUCCACGCCUCUCUCACCGGUUUUUUACCCUCCCCCCUUCUAUCAGCCAUUACGACCCUGCACGAUUCCGCCCUUCUUUUUUGUAAAUUUU